CCACACAGCUGACCCAAACUGAGCUUAUGGACGAAGUUAAUCGAUAAAACUGACAUAUACAUUGAUAUCCAGGGUCUGCGGUCGUGUUUGGCGGCACCGAGUCCCUACGUCUGAAAUGUAUCUCUUACUUCACGCGUUCGAAACUUUGUUUUACCCGUUAUUUAGUCGAUUAUCUUGUUCAUAAACCAGCUACUGUUGCUGAUGAAAAAUAGUCCUAGCUAGCUCAAAAUGACUCUCCCAGCUCUGCACAACACCGGCGUGCUAUACAGAAGGAUUCUGUCACAGUUUCCCCAGGACAUCAGCUUAGCUUUUGCCUAUGGCUCUGGCGUAUUCAAACAGCAUGGGACAAGCCAAGGUCAAAUGGAGUGUCCGACGUUACAAAUGAAGAACAUGCUGGACUUUGUGUUUGCGGUGGACGACCCGGUGACAUGGCACACUAUGAAUCUGCUGCAAAACCGCAAACACUACUCCAUCCUCAAGCUGUUUGGGCCCACGAUGAUCAGCUCCAUACAAAAUGAACACGGGGCUGCGGUAUACUACAACACACUGGUGCCUGUGGAUGGGAGGAUAAUCAAAUAUGGUGUCAUUAGUACGGAGUCUCUAAUAGAUGACCUGAUGCACUGGAAGACCUUGUACGUUGCUGGACGCCUUCACAAACCGGUGAAAAUGCUGGUGCAGAGUGAGAAUGCGAAGCUCCGUGCUGCUCUGGUGGCGAACCUGAAGAGUACUGUGACGGCCUCCUUCCUCAUGCUGCCAGAGAGCUUCACUGAGGAAGACCUAUUCCUGCAGAUAGCUGGCCUUUCUUAUGCCGGGGAUUUCAGGAUGGUGAUUGGAGAAGACAAAUCCAAGGUGGCCAACAUCGUCAAAGACAACUUUCAGCACUUCAGGAUUCUGUAUAGCAAUAUCCUGAGGGACUGCCCUCAAGUGGUCUACAAACCUCAGCAAGGAAAACUUGAGGUAGACAAAAGCCCAGAGGGCCAGUUUACCCAGCUGAUGGCAUUGCCACGUACCCUCCAGCAAAGGAUCACAAAGCUGGUCGACCCGCCGGGGAAGAACCGAGACGUGGAGGAGAUCCUGCUGCAGGUGGCUCAGGACCCGGACUGUGGAGCUGUCGUACAGCAAGGUAUUUCAUCUAUUGUGAAAUCCUCCAGUAUAACACAGAGUAUCAAAGGCAUUGCUACAGCUGGCUUGUGGAAGACAGUGUCAUACAGCUCCAAGAAACUAAUGAAGAUGUGGAAAGGUUGGAGAAGGAAGCCGUCUGUCUCCCAGAUGUCGUGAACCAGCCUGUUCACCGGGAACCUGUUUGUCUUUCUAACUGUCAGUAUGACAAUCGACCUUCCAUCACCUUUUUUUUUACCCUGACAAACUCUGGCUGGAUCAAAUGUCCACUAACCUGUGGUUGUGUCACUCCAUAGUCUGUAUGAAUGGGAUCACUGACCAGGUGGAAGGCUGUCUGAAUAGUUUAGAAUCACCUGUGCAACUGCCCUUUAUCGUGCAAUUCAUAAAAGUUGUAGAAUAAUGGGUGACAUUUUACGAGACAGACUGAAUUAUGGCUGACAUUUCAGUGUAAUACACACUGGACCUUUCUGGAUGAUGACACACACACACACAGAGUGACUGGUGAAGAGCUGCUAAUUGGACUACACUGCAACAAGUACCACAAGUAUAAUGAAGAAAUAAUGAGUAUUCUCAUGUGGGUCAUGCAUGUGUCACAUCUGUGUGUCAUUCUCUAUGUGAAUAGUGCUACCUAGAUGACAAGUGAUGAGCAGCUAAUAUGGUGUAAAGUGAAGAAAUCUUUAUGAGCAAUUUUCAUCACUGUACUCAAAAAAGGAGGGCAUUGAUUGUUUCCUUUCAGCUGUGGACUAGUGUUACACACUCAAACACACACUUCUCUCUUGUCUCUCUUUGCCAAAGAUCUCAAAUCUGUCAUCUCUUAACUCUUCUCGUGUUAAGAGUGUUCUUGAUGGUGGCACCAUUUCUCAGCCAGUGCUCAUAAACUAAAGAUAUGGUCACACUUUCUUGAGAAGCUGUUAAGGAGGAGUCUGUCUAAUUGUUAUAAAGAAACUGGUACACCUCUCUGCCCCCAGUCGGUGCAUCGAUUGGUUCUUCACAAACAUUUGCUGCAGUCUAAUGCAGUUAUAAAAGAUGGGUUUAAUAAAUUUUUUCAUAUAACAGUGUGUCUGAUCACUGUGUCUUCAGUACCAAGACUUUUUU